UGGUAAUGUUUUGUUAUUUUAGUGGUAUUUGGAUUUAUUAUUCUAAGCGGAAGCAUAUGUUAAUUAUUUUGUUAAGUUUAGAAUAUAUGUUGGGAGAAUUUCAAAAUGAGUUAUAUUUUUCAAUAAUUUAUUUGGUAUUUGCGGUUUGUGAAGGUUCUGUAGGACUUGGUAUUUUAAUUCCUAUGGUACGUUCUCAUGGAAAUGAUUUCUUUCAGUCUUUUAUGGUAUUACGAUUAUCUAUUAAUUUGAGUGGAAAUAUUGAAGGUAGAUUAAUUCCUACGCUAUUUUUAAUUUUAGGAUGGGGUUACCAGCCUGAACGUGUUCAGGCUGGUAUUUAUUUGUUAUUUUAUACAUUUUUAGCUUCUUUACCUUUAUUAAAUAGUUUAUUAAAUUUUUAUAAGAUGAAUGGAAUUUAUAUUUAUAUGGAUUUUGGGGUGAUGAGGUUAAUACCUAUAUUUAUGGUUCAUUUAUGGUUACCUAAGGCUCAUGUUCAGGCUCCUAUUUCUGGUUCUAUAGUGUUUGCAGGUGUUUUGUUAAAGUUGGGUGGUUAUGGAUUAAUGCACGUUUUUAGAAUUAUGAUUAGUUGGAGGCUUUUUAAUAGGGUUGGUAUCUUUACGUCAGGUGGAUUUGAAAUCAUUAAUUGCUUAUUCAUCUGUUGUACACAUAGGAAUAGUUUUAGUUGGUUUAAUGACUUUAAAUUCUUGAGGUUUUUGUAUCGUUAUUUAAUAAUAAUUGGACAUGUAUUAUGUUCUUCUGGUUUGGUUUGUUUAUCAAAUAUUGUUUAUGAGCGGUUGGGAAGUCGUAGAUUAAUUAUUAAUAAGGGAUUAAUAUGUUUAAUACCUAGAAUAACAUUA